ACUAUCAGUAAGAGGUCAGAGAUCAUGGAGCAUCUCCACAAUAAGAUAAAACAACGCUUCGAUGCACGUUCCAGUAUUUUCCUUACGCUCAUUCUGACAGUUGUAAUUGAAAAUGCUGUCUACGAUCAGGACUAGUUUAGUGAAAAAAAUAGGUGUUCGAAAUUUCGUAGGUCUUGUUGGAGUUCCCUUUGAAAAGGGCCAGAAAAAGGAAGGCGUCGCUCUGGGGCCUGAUGCGAUCCGAAAAGCGGGCCUCAUUGAUGAGUUAAAAAAUUUAGGUCUGGAUGUGAAGGAUUAUGGAAAUAUAAAAUACGAGCCAGAAGCAGUCGCUGGAGUAGACAAUAUGUCUCAUUUAAGUGAAGUGUCAGCCUGCACUCGAGAAUUGUCCCAAACCUUGCAGAAUAUCAUGAAGGAGCAGAGGAAAGUCGUAACUUUAGGGGGAGAUCAUAGCGUAGGGAUUGGAACAAUCGAUGGGCACGUGAGGGCGAAGGGAAACGUCGGAGUCCUGUGGGUAGAUGCCCAUGCAGAUCUGAACACGAAUAAAACCAGUGACAGUGGUAAUGUUCAUGGAAUGCCAGUUGCUCUCCUAACAUCAGAAUUAUCCGACUAUUGGCCACAUCUACCUGGAAUGGACUGGCAAAUGCCCAUACUGUCGAUCAGAAAUGUAGCGUACAUCGGUCUCCGCUCAGUGGACAAAUACGAACGAUUAGUCAUUGAAAAAUUUGGCAUCACUGCCUUUGGAAUGGAAGACGUCGAGAGAUAUGGAAUACACGAAGUUGUCCACAUGGCUCUGAAGAAAAUCGAUCCUCACGCGGACAAAUCCUUGCACGUCAGCUUCGACAUCGACUCCCUGGACCCCCUGGAGGCCCCAAGUACAGGAACCCCAGUCCGAGGUGGAUUAUCCCUGAGGGAGGGAAUUCACCUGAUGGAAGAAGUCUACAGGACGAAUCGCCUCAAUGCAAUUGAUCUUGUCGAGGUGAAUCCCCAGAUCGGCGAUGAGAAAAGCGUCGACUUGACUACGGAGGCAGCAGUCCAUAUCCUGCAGGCAGGUCUCGGUUACACGAGAAGAGGACUCAAAGUGCCAGCUGGAAUAACGGAUAUACCUCUCCAAACAUUUCGUUGAACUCCAUCCAUCGUCGAGACACCUCGAAUAUCACCACAGAUUGACUAGAAAUAAUCAGCAGCCUUCCCUAGUCCUCCGCCUAUUUCGUUGUACUCCCCACAGUAUUUUUUCCAUUUUCCGUGUCUCUGAUUAAUAAAUACCACUUAUCCCCGGU